AUGAAACCAACACUAAUCCCAACUCUAUUCCUACUGACAACCCUCUUCCCUUCCACAUCAACAGCGCACCCCGCGAAACGAUGGCACAGCAUCACCACGGACCCCAUCAAAACCUGGCCCCGCAGAUACCAACAGCAAGACAAAGGCCGCCCAGUCCUCAUCAGCCAGCCCAUGCGCUAUUGUUUCCACGACGAAAGCUCCCAGAAAACUCUCGGCGGAAUUCUCCUGCUCGCGGCGCAAUUAUGGCAGCCCGCCAUGGGACCGGAAAAUUCGAUGAUGACGAUUGAGCCGGACAGGUACGAUGGGAGGAUCGGCGGGAGUGAAGGAGUCGGUGCGGAUGCGUUGCGGAUCAGGGACAUGACGGUGGGCAGUUCGGGGGUGGGGGAGACGGCGACGACGAUUGGGUAUGUAUGUGUGGGGUUCUCUCUCUUUCGCGCUUGCGGUGGAAAGUUUCCUGUCGCUGAUGGAAUCGGGGUGCAGGUAUGGACCGACGAAUGAGCUGAGAUUCCACCGCGCCAAGUCGAAACUUUUGGAGGAUGGGACCGUGAGGGAUGCUGAUAGGGGGGAUGUGGUGAGGUUUGCUCAUGAGCUUGGUAAGUGCGUCCGCAGCCUAGACGAGACAACGACAUGGGGGAGAGGUUCACUCAUCAGGGCACGCUAUGGGCUUGGUUCACGAGUAAGAGGACUACCUCCCCCUCCGGAUACACACGAUCGUUCUGCUUCGCUGACCACGCCAGACAUCAACGCCCCGACGCCGCGCAACACCUGACAUUCACAUGCGCAAACCUGGACGAUUCCAGCAGGGUACGUUCCCAUCGCCCCCAGAAUUUGCGAACCGUGAGCUUGAAACGGCAAGCUAAAGACUUCACUCAUCAGGUCAGAAACAUGAUCCAGUCCCAAGCCCGAGCUCCGCGCGAUACGAUAGCAAAAGCGUGCGUGCCCCCCUUCCGAGAUUUCUCCACCAUCAUCGAACUGACUAACCGUUUUCCCAUCCAUCCAUCACAUCACUAAUAACCACCCUCUCUUCCCAGCUGCACGGACCACGCCACCGCCUCGCGCUACAACUUCCUCGCCGCGGAAUUCCUCCCCCUCCACUUCGACGACGACGACGACAACCCCGCCACGACGAUGAACACCUUCACGCACUCCCACGCCUUCGAUUUCCAAUCCAUCAUGCUCUACGAUUCCGAUACCGGCGCGGCGGCCGGCUCGAAUUACAAGCAACCCGUGCAGGAUUGGGCGCCUCUGUAUCUUUCCGAGGUUUGGGAGGGGAAGGAGAAGAAGCAGAAGAAAGUGGUCCGGGCUGCGAGUCGGGUUUAUAUGGGUGGGCAGGGGAAUAAGAGGUUGGUGGAGCCCUCAGGGUUUCGGGGGGGUGAUGUGGCGAGGAUCGCGCAGUUGUAUCCGUUGCGGAGGCAGGGGGAGCAGGGGGAGCAGGCGAUGGGGGAGGGGUUGAGGGGGGAGAAGGAGUGGUUGCCUGUUGGGGGGUUCGAAGAGGAGAUUCUUCUUGUAUUCGAAACUUGUGCGUGCUAG